AUGCCAGCAAUACCAAUACUCCGUCUAGUACCCCUAGUGGGAGCCAAGUUCUUCAAGAUGCGCCCUCAGAUAAUUCGGACAGCGACUGAAAGCAUCGGCGUUACUGGCGGUGCGACUAGCGAGUUGCCUGGAAAUGAAGCAAGAAAGCCAAGGGACGAGUCGCCCAAGAAGUUCCUCACAAAGCGCAAGUCGAGCAAGGGCGAAGCUAUACCCGCCGCCAUCACUACAGUGAACGUGUCGUCAGGCGGACUCAUGGACGAACCAGAACCCCCGAAGCCGAAAGACGCUGAAGAACCGCAAACGCCCAAGGUGGACGAGCCGCCAUUACCCCCCGAACCGCCAAAGUCACAAGUGGAUGCAGCUGCUAGCACAUGGGGUUGGCGGAGUUGGUGGUCGCGACCUGAUGGGUACGCGGAUACAGGCAAAGCCAAGGUUGAGGCAAAAUCAAGCGUUGAGGAAGCCUCGACCACGCCGUUGCCUGGACCGACGCCCUCAGAGGAGCCAGACGCACAAACAAAGAGCCUGGACGUUGGUGUAGUGCCGCCCAAGUCUGACCUGAAAGCAGACACAGAGACGAAGGAUGCACCAUCAGAGUCAGUGCCCACUCAAGAUGUGGAAACGAAGGAUGCUACACCUAAAACUUCCAAACAUACUGCAAGAGCUGCGUCGGGUUCAUGGUUUUGGUCGUGGAGCAGUGCGCAGAAUGCCCAAGCGAACGCUCCUCCUGUAGAACCCCCCGCUUCUGGACACAGUGUACCGAAGCCAGAUGCGAUACCUGAAGCAGAGCAAGAGGUGGCACCGGCACCACCCGCCGCGACAUCGGAGACCGCACCCGCACCGGAAGUAGCAGCCACCGCCGAGCCAGCAGCAUCGACCGAUGUUACUCAGGCCAAUACAACUCCGAUGACAUCGUCUAAGCCUUCGGCAUGGGCGUUUUGGUACAGAGGGAAGCCAGGGGAGCAGAAGGAUCCGAACGAAGCUGGGCCGCAGAAGCAUGUGGGCGAGGUCGCAGUGUUCAACACUCCUUCGCAAUCUCACCCAGAGGCAGCGCAGUUCAAUGAACAAGAACAGCCCAAGGCGGACGCCGAUGUGCCCAAAGAACCGUUACCACCGCCAAAGGAAGAAGCUGUAGCGAAGAAAUCAUUUGCGUCUUUACGAGGACGACCAAAAGCAAAAACUCCAGCCAAAGGCACGCCAACAGACACUCCAAGCUCAAGCCAGACUGCCACUCCAACUAAGACCUCCCCCGUACUUACGCCUACAAAACCAGAUACCGCCUCCGCGGCGAAGCCAGUCCCAAAACAAGAGUCCAAGGCCAAGCAAGAACCAGCGAGCCUUGUGCUACCAGAGUUCAAGAACACUUACCAGAUGGUACAGCAACCGAACUUCUGGCAGCAGCUUCGUCGGUACUUUCUCGGAAGUGAACGUGCAACACCACACCUACACAUCAAUCCAGCCCCGCCGAAGAUCAAGAAAGCUGUGGCUAUUGGUGUGCACGGAUUCUUCCCUGCUCCAAUCCUUCAAAAGGUUCUAGGCCAGCCAACUGGAACAUCAAUACGAUUCGCGAAUGCUGCUGCCGCCGCGAUCAAAGACUGGUCCGAAGCUCGUGGCUAUACGCCGGAGAUUGAGCAGAUCGCGCUAGAGGGUGAGGGCUUCAUUGCUGAGCGUGUCAACUCAUUAUGGAAGCUCUUACUGAACUGGAUCGACCAUAUCAAGCAAGCCGACUUCAUUCUUGUAGCGUGUCACUCGCAGGGCGUACCGGUAGCCAUGAUGCUAGUAGCCAAGCUGAUACAAUUCGGCUGCGUCAAUGCGACAAGGAUAGGCGUUUGUGCCAUGGCCGGCGUCAACAUGGGUCCAUUCAUCGAAUACAAGACACGAUACCUUGGCCCCACAGCCGCUGAGCUCUUCGAGUUCUCUAACCCAAAGAGCCUAGUCAGCCAGAUGUAUCUGGCUGCCCUAGACGAAGUCCUUCGAUUUGGUGUACGAAUACUCUACGUCGGUAGCAUUGAUGACCAACUCGUCUCCCUUGAAUCCUCCACCUUCUCCACCCUCUCCCACCCAUACAUCUACCGUGCCGUCUUCGUCGACGGCCGCAUCCACGCCCCAGACUUUGUAACCCACCUUGUCGGCUUCACACUCAAACUUCGCAACCUCGGCCUUCCCGAUCAUGGCCUCAUCCGCGAACUCAGCCCCGCUCUUGCUGGCUCCCUCUACGGCGGCGAGGGCCACUCCCGCGUCUACGAAGACCCCGCCGUCUAUGCCCUCGCCGUCCAACACACCCUAGAAACUACAUCUCUCCCCAUCAACCCCACAGGUAAUAAAGAGAGACCCGGUACGGCGAGUAGUUUUAAGGGUAUACAGAUACCUAUUAUCGGCGAUAUGGGCUUGGGGAAGGGCGGUGCUGGUGCUGCUGGUAGUGGGAAAAAGGAGGAUCUUUUCAAGCUGAGGGUUAAAGAGUAUGAGACUAAUACUAGUAGUACGAAUCCGAAUCCUUUCUUUCUGCCGUGGGCGAUGAGGGGGUUGCUGGAGGAGGAGUUUGUAAAGAAGGAGUUGGGGAGUGAGGUCGAGCAGUUGUUGGAGUUGUUUGAGAAGUGGAAGCCGGUGGGGAAACAGCUUAAGGAUGUUAAAUUUCGCUUGGAGGGGGUGAGAAGUAAGCUUUAG